GAGGGUUUGUUUGGGUUUUGUGGCUCCGCGUCCAUCUCUUGUGAAGCCCCAACUUUUAACUGACAGGCCAAGGCAAAACUAUCUAACCAUGAAAACCUCCAAUAACAGCACUCUCUUUGAGGGUCUAUUUGACAAAUUUGUACACCUCGAUCAAGAACUGUCGGACAAAUUUUAUACUUUGUGGAUUGUACUGCUGGUGUUCAAUGUCAUUAUUUUCCUCGUGGGCGUGGUCUUGAACUCGUUGGCUCUUUAUGUCUUCUGCUUCCGCACAAAGACAAAAACCACUUCCGUCAUGUACACGAUCAACCUGAUCGUCACCGAUUUGCUGGUGGGCUUUUCCUUGCCUAUCCGGAUCAUCAUGCACUACAGCGCUGGAGACUGCAAGCAGUGUGCCCUCAUCCACAUCUUUAUCUACUUCGUCAACAUGUAUUGUAGCAUCCUGUUCCUUACCUGUAUCUGCAUCGACCGGUAUUUGGCAAUCGUCCAGGUGGAAGCCUCCCGCAAGUGGAGGAAUCCCAAUUACGCCAAAAGCAUCUGUGCCUUCAUUUGGAUCUUUGCCACGGUCGUGACCUUCUCCAUCCUAACCAUGGCGGUGAAGUUCUCCUAUUGCUGCAUCGCCAAGAUCUUGCCCCUGAUGGUCUGCGAGUAUUUCUUUCCGCUGGUCAUCAUCACGUUUUUCACCACCAGGAUCAUGUGCGCCCUCUCCAAGCCGACGCUCAUGCACCAGAGCCGAGAGAGGCGGAUGCGGGCGGUACAGCUCCUUAUCACCGUCCUGAUCAUCUUCAUGAUUUGCUUUACCCCCUUUCACGUGCGUCAGCUGGCCAUUUCCAUCAACCCCAAAAUGCCCAAUGACAUCAGCUUGGUUGUGUACCACGUGACCGUCACCUUGAGCAGCCUCAACAGUUGCAUGGACCCUAUUGUCUACUGUUUUGUUACUAACAACUUCCAGUUGACCAUGAAAAACAUCUUCAGGAAGUCGGAAGCAGAGCAGGCCAGUGGAGAUAUAAUCAGCGUGAACAAGGGCUCAGGCUCAAACACAAUUAUACCCUUCUCAAACGCUCUAGGUGACCCUUUGGGCUUGCCUUCACAUAACAAUACAGUGAAGUCGUAGAGGCGGCAGGAUACCAAAGUACGUGGUUCGAAAUGUUGAGGUAUGCAGGACUGUCCUCUUUUUCUACAAGUACUUGAGAACAUCACAUUUAUCAACAACAAACUGGCAACAGAACUCCCCGUUGUUCCCAGGGACGUCGUCGAUUUAUACACGGCAGCUGGUUUGUGUUUUUUGUCUUCAUUCGGCAAUGGUAUCCUGUUUCGAACUAAUGCUGCUACACACGGGGCCAUCCAUAUCUCCACAAUCAUUUGGAGGACGGGCAACAAACGUAUAGUUCUCCAUCUGCCUGUGCUACAGAAGUUACAAGUGGAAAUAACAGACAGAAAUACAGAAAAAGCUUGUUUUCAGAAGAAAAUAGUAUUGUUUUUUUUUAAAGUUACGCAAAAAGCAGGGGAGGUCAUUUGAAAGCCAUUAUGCCAGACCGAAUAAAUGCCCAAACUGUGAUAAGUUUGUGUCAUAAGCAGGAGAUCUGAAAUAACUAUUAACUCGAAAUACUGAGAGGGAAUUUAUUUCUUGAAAAUUCUACGUUGUUGGCAAAGGGUUACUCAAGGUUUUAGGAGAUGACUUUAUGUGGCACGGAUAAGCAAAAAGUAACCCCAACAGGUCAAUUAUUUGCAAAAUAAGGGAGGAAGCUAUUUUCUGCAGAGAAGCAGCAGGACACAGGAUACUUAGUCCACACAAACAGUUUUCCUGCUGUCGUCUGUCUCCAAACUGUUUUUUCUGCACAGGACUCCAAAGAAAAUUUGCAAGAAUAGAUGUAUUUCUGGAGCCUCUUGUGAGGAAAAACUCUUGGGCAGAGGGGAGGGUUGCAGAAGAAAAGAAGCAGGCUACUUAAGUACUUCCUCACGUUACUGUCCCGCUGAAAAUUCUCCCUCCCCAAACUUAGCUUUCUGGGGGUGGGGAAAGAGGACGCUAUGGUUUUCUGACAUAGAAUUGUGCCAUUUGGUUCAGACUCCAAUGACACCAGCAGGUCGGUUCAUUGCUCUGGAAAACCCAACAAACAUUUUGCCUUUCAUACAGACAUUUCACAAGUAACAAAAGGCCGCACAGUUGUUUUCUCUUUGUACUGUUUGUAAGUGUAAUGUCCCUUUCAGACUUUUCAACCCAGGUUACAAUACUGCCAAAAUAUUUAGGAGGAUGAGACAACACUGUAUGGUCUGACGUGGCGAGGUUUAUA